UAUAAACAACAUUAAUAUGUGACUCAAACUCAAACAACAUUAAAAGCAUAGCCACCCUUAUCUCUCUUUCUCUCCCUCCUCAAAUUUAACAUUCAAACUUUCCAAUUUUUCAUUCAUUGAACAAUAAAAAUGCAAGUAUCAGCAUGCAAUUUGUGGUCUAAGGGAGUGCCAAUUCCAUAUCCUUUAAGUCGCCGUGAGGUUUGCUUUGAUGGCAUAUCAUCUGUUUGCUCUAAUUCCCCAAACGACGCCGUUUCUUUUCCUCAACCCAAUUUCAAUUCAAGGACUGUUGAAGAUCAAACUCAGGAUUCGGGUGCUAUGCUGAAGAAGAUUAUUGUGUCCCCAACAAGACGUGUGUUAAUGGCAAGCUUGACUAUGUUUUCCUGUUUUUGUUCUUCAAGGUACUUGUCAGCCUUAGCAUUGGGAGAUCCAUCAGUGACACUUGAAGAAGUGACCCCUCCUGUGUUUUCUUCUGCGCCACUCUUUCCUGCAGAGGACCGAAUUGUUCAACUAUUUGAAAGGAACACAUAUUCGGUUGUUAACAUCUUUGACGUGACCUUGCGUCCUCAACUUAAUGUGACUGGUGUGGUUGAGAUUCCAGAAGGAAAUGGCUCUGGAGUAGUUUGGGAUGAGGAGGGCCACAUCGUGACAAAUUACCAUGUAAUUGGCAACGCCCUUUCAAGAAACCCAAGCACUGGUCAAGUUGUUGCACGAAUCAAUAUUCUAGCGUCGGAAGGGGUUCAAAAGAAUUUUGAAGGUACACUCAUUGGAGCUGACCGUUUAAAGGAUCUAGCUGUCUUGAAGGUAGAAGCCCCUAAAGAUAUUUUAAAGCCUAUCAAGGUAGGGGAGUCUUCGUUUCUAAAAGUCGGGCAGCAAUGUUUGGCAAUUGGAAAUCCAUUUGGCUUUGAUCACACCCUCACAGUUGGCGUUAUCAGUGGACUUAACCGAGAUAUCUUUAGUAAAACCGGUGUAACAAUUGGUGGUGGUAUUCAAACCGAUGCAGCCAUAAAUCCCGGAAACAGCGGAGGUCCCCUUCUGAAUUCAAAAGGAAGCUUAAUUGGGAUCAAUACCGCAAUAUUUACUCAGACAGGAACUUCAGCUGGUGUAGGAUUUGCCAUUCCAUCUUCAACCGUACUCCGAAUUGUUCCUCAGUUGAUUCAGUUUGGAAAAGUUGUUAGAGCUGGUUUGAAUGUGGAUAUUGCUCCAGACUUGAUUGCGAAUCAACUUAAUGUUCGAAACGGAGCACUUAUUCUUCAGGUUCCAAAAAAUAGUCUUGCUGCCAAAGUUGGGCUAAUUUCCACUACAAGGGGAUUUGCUGGCAAUAUAGUCCUUGGAGAUAUCAUCAUUGCAGUUAACAAUAAGCCUGUCAAGAGCAAAGAAGAGUUGUUGAAAGUAUUAGAUGAGUAUAGUGUUGGAGAUAAAGUAAUGUUGCUGAUUCAGAGGGGUGAUGAAAAGUUGGAGCUGCCUGUGGCACUUGAGGAACAAAGUUCUUGAAGAGUCUAUAUGCAUUGAGAGAUAUAUUGUAAUGCGUUAGUGGGUUAAUUUCAAUGUAUUUUUGGUAAAUUAAGAGCUAAUGUGCUUUUAUUUGUUCAUUGUAAAGAUAAGUUUAGUCUUGUUUAUUUUUGGGAGAAAAUAUUAGCAUAUUUUAUAUAUACACAACAAUUAUAUUUUUAGGUA